GGUUCCUUCCCGCCGCCGCCGCCCAUGGACGAGAUGGAAGAGGAGCGGAAAGGCCCCGUGUGCGGCUCCUUCUACCGCGAGCCGCUGAUCCUGCCCUGCUCGCACAACCUCUGCCAGGCCUGCGCCCGCAACAUCCUGGUGCAGACGCCCGAGGCCGAGUCCCCGCAGAGCCGCCGGGCCUCGGGCGUCUCCGACUACGACUACCUGGACCUGGACAAGAUGAGCCUGUACAGCGAGGCGGACAGCGGCUACGGCUCCUACGGCGGCUUCGCCAGCGCGCCCACCACCCCGUGCCAGAAAUCCCCCAACGGGGUGCGGGUCUUCCCCCCCGCCGCGCCGCCGCCGCCCCACCUGCCCCCGGCCGCCCUGGCCCCCGUGCCCCGCAACGCCUGCCUCACCUGCCCGCAGUGCCACCGCAGCCUGAUCCUGGACGAGCGGGGGCUGCGCGGCUUCCCCAAGAACCGGGUGCUGGAGGGGGUGAUCGACCGCUACCAGCAGAGCAAGGCGGCCGCGCUGCGCUGCCAGCUCUGCGAGAAGGCGCCCAAGGAGGCCACGGUGAUGUGCGAGCAGUGCGACGUCUUCUACUGCGAGCCCUGCCGCCUGCGCUGCCACCCGCCCCGGGGCCCGCUGGCCAAGCACCGCCUGGUGCCGCCGGCCCAGGGCCGGGUGAGCCGCCGGCUCAGCCCCCGCAAGAUCUCCACCUGCACGGACCACGAGCUGGAGAACCACAGCAUGUACUGCGUGCAGUGCAAGGUGCCCGUGUGCUACCAGUGCCUGGAGGAGGGCAAGCACUCCAGCCACGAGGUCAAGGCCCUGGGCGCCAUGUGGAAGCUGCACAAGAGCCAGCUCUCCCAGGCACUGAAUGGAUUGUCAGACAGAGCCAAGGAAGCCAAAGAGUUCCUGGUGCAGCUACGAAACAUGGUUCAGCAAAUCCAGGUACCAUACCAACCCGCUAGAGAAACAAACCCCCAACAGGAGAACAGCGUGGAGUUCGAAGCCUGCCUGGUGGCACAGUGCGAUGCCCUCAUUGACGCGCUCAACAGGAGGAAAGCCCAGCUGCUGUCCCGAGUCAACAAGGAGCACGAGCACAAACUGAAGGUGGUACGAGACCAGAUCUCUCACUGCACAGUCAAGCUGCGCCAGACCACAGGCCUGAUGGAGUACUGUCUGGAGGUCAUCAAAGAGAACGACCCCAGUGGGUUUUUACAGAUUUCCGAUGCUCUGAUCAGGAGAGUGCACUUGACUGAGGACCAGUGGGGAAAAGGGACGCUGACCCCAAGGAUGACCACAGACUUUGAUUUAAACCUGGACAGUGCGCCUUUGCUGCAGUCCAUCCAUCAGCUCGACUUUGUGCAGAUGAAAGCUUCCUCUCCAGUGCCGGCACCCCCAAUCCUACAACUAGAAGAAUGUUGCACCCACAACAACAGCGCCACAUUGUCCUGGAAACAGCCCCCUUUGUCGACCGUGCAGGUGGAAGGAUAUAUUCUAGAGCUGGAUGAUGGGAAUGGUGGUCAGUUCAGGGAGGUGUACGUUGGGAAAGAGACGAUGUGCACUGUGGACGGUCUGCACUUCAACAGCACGUACAGUGCUCGCGUCAAAGCCUUCAACAAAACAGGAGUCAGCCAGUACAGCAAGACCCUGGUCCUACAGACGUCCGAGGACACAGAGUCCGAAGAACAGACCCUCCCUUUUCCAGUGCCUUUGGAAAGAUUUCAGCUCCGUAGAAUGAGUCCUUUCUCCUCCACACUUAAUCUACAACCCAGCUUCUCGGGGAGAUCCUACUUUGAGCUAAGAUCCUCGUCCCACCCGCUGAGCUUGCAUUCUUCUUUGCAGUCUCUGAAUUCAGCCGGAUGCAAUUUUGAGACACAGUCAGCGCCUUACUCUCAAUUAGUUGACAUUAAAAAACUGGUGGCAGUGGCCUGGUUUUCGUUCGAUCCCGGCUCUGCACACUCUGACAUCCUCUUUUCCAAUGACAACCUGACUGUCACCUGUAACAGCUAUGAUGACAGGGUUGUGCUGGGGAAAACUGGCUUUUCCAAAGGGCUCCAUUAUUGGGAGCUGUCGAUCGAUCGUUACGAUAACCACCCAGACCCGGCCUUUGGCGUGGCUCGUGUUGAUGUCCUCAAGGAUGUCAUGCUAGGAAAGGACGACAAAGCCUGGGCAAUGUAUGUGGACAAUAACCGGAGCUGGUUCAUGCACAACAAUUCACACACCAACAGGACCGAAGGGGGAAUAACAAAAGGUGCCACAGUUGGAGUGCUCCUUGACUUAACCAGGAGGACCCUAACAUUUUCCAUCAACGAAGAUCAGCAAGGUCCUGUGGCUUUUGAGAACAUGGAGGGCCUGUUCUUCCCUGCCGUCAGUCUGAACCGGAAUGUACAGGUGACGCUCCACACCGGUUUGCCGGUCCCCGAAUUCUACACUUCCAGGGCAUCCAUGCAGUAACGAGACUACGAAGCCAGCUGCCUUUUCUCAGGAUGAGUCAAGAGAGCUGCUUUACUUUGUCAAGAAGAGACCUCAUCGGAGCCGGGGAAUCUUUGGUCAGCUGGUAACUGGAGACCAGGGAAAACCAAAAACAAAAGCGAGCAGAGAAGAGAAGAAACUGGCCUUCUCCAGUCUUUGUACUCCACGACCGCACGGCAAACCCGCUUGGCGUCUCCGGCACCGUACUGUGCGCGUUUGCUUUGCUGUUUAGCUCUUUUGGCUGAUAAAGUACCUAGAUAGCCUGAGAUGUUUCUCUGUGUCAGCUUUUCGGUUUGGGUCAUUGGUUUGAUUUGCGGUUAUUUUUAAAUGUCGGCUUUUCAUUUCCUCAUAACUGUGUGGUUGCUGUUGACCAGUUUAGCUGCUGCCAUCGCAAGUGAAACCCUUCCAAUAGCUUUUGACUGAGUUAUACAUCAGACAAAAGAUGCUGUCUGAAGAAACCAGGGAGAGACUCGGGGUGGGGGGAGGGGGACCCCUUUGUGGGCAAGCAUUUGCUGAUGCCAGUCAAAUUACCUCCAGUGAAGUUUCUUUCCCUGUGGCCUUUCCUGUGCAGUACCCUCAAGCAUAUCUGUAGACAUUGGUCUUGGAUUACCAGUUAGUCUGUACAGAGCCAGGUGGAAUGCAUCAAGUAUUUGGAGAUAGUCAUAUCUAUUCUAGCAGAUAGGGCCAAAUUCUUCCUUCACGCAUGGAUGUGGCUCACAGGGAAGUCAGUGCAUCCCUGGGCAGGAUUUGGCCCAAAGAUAUUACUUUUAAAUCCCAUGAGGUUUGCCAGGGCUGCAUCAGCCCACUGGAAUUCAGACGGCUAGGCAGCCUGAGAAGAUAAUUACAUUUCUGAUGUGAUGAUCACUUGGUUUCAGCAGAAUGAUUAGAUGUUCAUUGAACAGCUCUGGUUCUAUAAUUUAUCAUUUCCAAAGGCUUUUCUGUUUCGCUCAGUAGGUGGGCCGGGCUGUUUACCAUCCUCCUGUUCCCAGGCGCUGCAAGGCAGCGCGGAUUUGCGAGAGGACUUGAGACGAGCACUUGAACCCAUUCAGUGGCUUUAUAAACUGCGCUCUACAUAACGGUGCCAGCUGACACGGUGCUGCCAUAUCUCACAGGGCCUGCAGUUGGCCCUUGUGAUAUUAGCAUUUAUUUUUUUAUAGCUACAGCGAAAACCUAGCCUUAAAAAGCCACCCGACAGUGUCCUUUUUUUCAUAGAGAGGAUUCAUUCUGUUCCGAGGUUAGCUUCACGUGGGGAUCAGGAGAGAACAGAGAGAGACGAGGAAAGAGAGAGUCAGAAUCACAGUCCAUGGCAUUCACAUUCUCAGGAAUAAACAUGCUUGUUGCCAUGCCUCCCUGUGCCUAACAUCAACUCGAGUUACAUUCUGCUGCCAUUCACAAACUUAACUUUCUGGUAAUUCAGACAAAUGUCACAUGUAAAAACGACAGAUUAUUACCACUGUGUUUAAAUGCCAGAACGUUAACUUUUACCGUUUCUGUAGUGAAGAGACUGCAUGCCGCAUGUUACUACGCUUUCCUUUGGUUGAUGACACUCUCUAGAUUAGUUUCAGGGGCUGGAGAAAGACUCCGUUUUGUUGCCCACCAUUUGCCAACUUGCCAAGCAAUUGAGUUUGUUGAAAAAACAUAGUUAAUUGAACUGGGGAUAGGGUGGGAGGGGAAGCUAAUGGAAUAAUGUUCCAGCAAAAAGACAUAUGUAAAUAGAGAAUCAUUUCCUUUUAGUGCUUACCAUUCUAUUUAGAAUGUUCUUAUUUGUUAUAUCGUUGUUCUAGUAUUAAGUUUACCUAAUUUAUUGAAUGGGUGCUAUCUUGUUCAUUUAAACCUAUUAGUUUAUCUCAGCUACAGAAGAGCUGUGUUGCAGGACAACGCUGAUCUGUUAUUUGUUUAAUUUCUUAUGAGACUCAGUUGCCGGGCCACUGUGGACUCGUUUUUCAUAGUCGUUAUCUUCCCAGUUCUUUAUGAUGUUCAUGAUGCUUAUUAGAUUUCUAGUGACUUGUACCACGUAGUUUACGCUGUACUGCAAUCAUAGCUGCGUACAGCUGCUGUACUACAGAAAAGUGUUUGCUGUUCUAAUAAAUGACUUUUAUGAGAGAACUGCAUGGGUCC